AUGGUGCUGGUGUUUGCUCUGGUGUUCGCUCUGGUGCUCGCGCGAUCCCGAGCGGACUUCGAGACUUGGGAUCCCGUUCCCUUCCGCCCAAUCUCAGCGAACUCUGCGGAUGAGAUUCCUGUGGGGCUGGAAGAACGGCGGCGUGUGUUGGCUGAGAGGGAAGCAUUUCUCUUACAGGCAGGUUUGCAGGUGCAGGAGUGGAAGCAUCUACUUGCGAACCGCUCACGUGAAGUGCGGUGUCGCAAGGAGAUUUUUCGACGCCAUUGGGCAGACCAGGAAGUGGCUGUGCUGCAUUUGAUCGUUUUCCGGCUGGUCCAAAUCCAGGCCACGGCGGAAGUCGACGUCGCAGGUCGAUCGCCACCGCACGGGAGUGCGAACGUGGGGGUCGAAGUCAUCGUUUGCAUCAAGAACUUGAAGGCUGUGGCCGGCGAUUUCCCGGUUCACGAUGUGCUUCGUGCCUUGACGGUCUUGCCCGUGACCAACAUUUGCCGGACGGCGGAGCCAGGCACCGAUGUCCUCGAUCGCCUGGCGACCUUUCUUGAUGAAGCACCCAAGUCAUCGACGCUCUACCUGGUGGUCUUCGCCACGAAUGUCUUCUUCAACGACCUCCCCGACCGAAGCGGACCGGAGGCGAUCCGCGCACGCUACCAGGCACUGAGCCCAUCUCUAGGGGAGGCCUCUGGACACGUGGUGGUGGGCACCGCACGUUUUUGCGGAGAGGCGUGCGAGGUGGAAGAUCCGCCCUAUUUGGACGCUUCGGGUCUUUUGGGUCCAAAACAGUCGCUGCAGCGCCUCGUCCACUCGCUGAUGCACGAGUCGCAGAGCCUGCCGAGCGGCCAAUCGCCUGACCUGAGCCACUUGCUCCGCAGCUACAUCCGCAAAUCCUUCAAACAGACCACCGAAACAUCGUGGGGACCUUCUAUUGUUCUGGACCGUGAGCAGAGCAUCUUUGGACACUUCGGGGAGGUCGCGUCUGGUUUGUGCGCUGAUGGACGGAACUGGUGCAGCAUGGCGAAGCCUUGCUGUGCCAUCAGCAAUCGCUUUCGACACCUCCAUGAGGCUUUCUAUGGAAGGUACACUGUGGAGGAGUGUGCCGUUGUCCGGGAUGAUGGGAAGGACUGGGAUUCAAGGCUCCAGGGACGUCCAGAGCAAUAG